AUGGAGUUGGCAGACGGGUCAACAGAUAUUGUGCACCCCGAGGUGCGAGCGCACAUCAGCAGUCUUGUCUCUGCCCUUGGAGGUAUUAGUGUCGAAGACGAUGGCCGUUACGAACUCGGAGAUGACGCUUUUGCUGUCAUCCGUGAUCUCAAAUCAUGGAUACGUUUCUACGACGAAAAGACAAACCGAAUGGACGUUGCGCGAUGCAUCUACGAAGCGAACCUGAUCGAGGGUGACUUGCUCCCCAUUCUUGCGACAUGGCCCGAAAAUGCCACGGAUAGCAAAUACAAAGCGAAAAUAGCCCUUGCUUGCUUCGAACUCAUGGUACCCCUUACCUGGCCUAUGGAGAAAGACAGAGAACGCAUGACGGUCAACCACCAUCGACACAUGCCCGUUUUGCAGCUGGCGCAAGUCGGAUACAAGCGAGCCAUCAUCAACUUCGACGGAGCUCGCAUACUUCACACAGCUGUGCGAGUGGCGCUUCCUUCCAUGGCCAUUCCAAUCAGCGAUCGAACACAGCGUGAUUCGGGCAUCAUCAAGCUUGUCUUGUUCUUUCUCCGGAAUGUUGCCAUGAUAGAGCCUCCACCUAACGUUAAGUACGAAGGCGACGAGUCUCAGAUAUCCAGGUCUGCUACUAUCGAUGCGUUUUCAUACCAGGACAUCUUUCUCGUGCUCCUGACCCUUGCUUCCAACAUGGGAGAAGAUUUCCGAACCGAGGAUACGACUGUUAUGGAGAUUAUAUACCACUUGGUGAAGCAAGUCGACUCGGAGAAGCUAUUCAUGAACGAGCGACAACUGAGCAAGGCUAAGGCUGGAGAACUGGCUAGCAUGAUGAGCAAGGAAGAGUCUAUGCUGAAGGCGUACAACCGAAAGGGUCCCACUCGUCACAACCGAUUUGGUACAAUGAUUUGGGUGAAGAGAGAGGACGGCAAGAUGUCAUCGCUUUCAGGGCAGGAUGCGCUGGCCGAUGCGUCAUUAAGAAACCAGAAAAUGGAUAACUCAAAGACUUAUCGGCCUCCUCGUCGUCCACGAAAGGCCACUAAGGAUGACAAGGAUCUCGGACUACCAGCCAAGUUAAACUCUCGUGCCUACGACCAGCUACGAUCGUUCGUGGAGGAGUUCCUCGACUCAGGUUUUAACCCUCUGUUCCAACAUGUCCGCAAGACAAUCGAUCGGGAGGCACCACAUGUCAUGCCUUAUCAUCGUCGCCAAUUCUUCUAUCUGGUGUCGUGGUUCCUGGAAGCCGAGCGCAUGAGACGAAAGUCAAAGAAGCAAUCCGGAAAAAACACAAGCGAGGAUGUCAGCAGUUUCAAUCUUAUCGCGGGUGUUCUUGACCAGGAAAUGUUCAUCACUCUUACCAGAGCCCUGCACGAGUCAAUUGAGAUGAAGGACUGGAAUGAACUAACAGCCAUCAUGCGAUGCUUCACCCAAAUUCUUCUUACUGUUCAAGAAAUGUCUGCGUCAGGGAAUGAAGACGACGAAGAGAUCGCUGAGAACGUGCUCAGCCGUCUGUUCUACGAAGAGGCAACCCACGACGCAAUUGCUAACAUCAUCAGAAACUACAAAGAUCAAGGCUUCAACUAUCUCGACGCUGCCACGGAACUCGUACACCACUUUCUCCGUAUUCUCGAAUCGUACUCUAAACAAAACAUCGACAUGCAAGUUCGUUCGCGGCAGCGCACUAGACGAAAGAAGAAGGCAGCACAAGAUGCUGCAGGCCUCGAAAACGAUGUUGACGAGAACGACGGCUCAGACAAUGACGCUGAAUCCGCUGAGAAGAGCACCAAAGAACGCAAGUUCGACUUUUCUCGUUUUGCCAACCGGUUCACACCUCAAAAUGUGGUUGAUACAUUCGUCACUUUUACGAAAUACUACCGUGAUCUGACCGAUGCACAACUGAAGCGAGCUCACCGAUACUUCUACCGUAUAGCCUUCAAGUCGGAAGCCAGCGUAAUGUUGUUCCGCGUGGACAUUAUUCAUCUCUUUUACAAUAUGAUCAAGGGUCAGGCUGCGCUUGACAAGUCUUCUAGUAUGUUCAAGGAGUGGGAAGAGCUAGUGAAGCAAAUCCUCAGAAAAUGCUUCAAAAAGCUCGAGCAACGCCCAGAGCUACUCGUAGAGAUGCUCUUCAGCAAGACAGGAAGCACCGCCUUCUUCCUCGAGUACGGUUAUGAAAGACAAACGGUCUCCGCAGUUAACAAAGCCAAGCCUGGAGCUGAGUUGGCUUUCAAGAACACCGAAGAAUUAGACCGCCAAAUUGCCAUCGUGGUGGGUGCUAUGCUAGACAAGAAUCAAGCAGACCAUAUUACGUGGAUCAAGAAGAUUCUCGGCGAGGUCGAGAGCGAACGUCGAGCCUUUGCAGCUGCUGAAGAGGCAAGGGCAUCGAUUGAACCUCCGCGAGAGGAUCCGGAAGAGGAUUCAGAAGCACAACCAGUAGAGUCUAGAUCGAAGUCACCACCUAUUUUCUUUGUUCGCCCGGAUGAUAAGGACCGCCGGACUGCCAUGUUCAAGAACUCUCAUAUGCGACUUCUGAUGAACCUUACUGGUAUUACACUGUUGGGCUCAGCCGCGGACGAGACGCCUGAAUCUGUUUGGAUUGUAUCUUCAGAAGUGUCGGCAGAUGCUCUCAAAGAUGCCAUCCACUAUAUCAACCAAGCCGAAUUUAACCCACCAACAUUCGAGGAAGGCGUUCUCGCAGAGCACCAGCUAAAACGCAAAAAUGUUCCACGACAAAAGGCAGCCUUCGAUGACGACGGUGAAAGCUCCGAUGACGGUGGAAUGUACAAGAUCAGUGGCCCUACAGUGCGCAAAGUCAUCGACGAUGAUGGCCAGCCCAAGAAAUCGCCCAGGAAAAGAAAGCCCCGGAAAGAACUCACCGAGGAGGAGAAGAAAGCAAGGCGUAAAGAGAUUCUUAGACGCCGGAGGGCAACAGUCGCGAAAUACAAAUCAACAGAGCAUGUUAGCAGGGAAGACGACGAAACCGACUCGGAGGCCGAUGAAGCUUUCUUUGCCCAAGAACGCGAGCAAGCAAAACGUGCACCAGUCAAGUUGAUUGCUGCGGGAAUCGCUGCAAAGCAGAAGCCUGCGAAAAAGGUCCCGAGAAAGCGUGCAGCUACUGAAAGUGAAUCAAGUAGUGAAGAAGACUCGAAUGCUAGCACAGAUAACGAAGAUGAAGAUGAAGAUGAAGACGAGGAUGAAAACGAGAACGACGCUGGUUUGGACUUUAUUAGCAAGGCAAUGAAUGGUACUCUCGAAGAUGAGGAGAUGGGAGGAACGUUACCAGAUGGCAGUGAUGGCGAGAGUCGAAAGAGGAGACGUCUGAGUGAGGAGAAAACACAGCCUAGUGAGGACCAGCAAAUGGGUGGAAUGGACAACAGCAAGGCAGACGAGGAUGAGGAUGAAGAUGAAGACGACGACGUACCUGUUGUUUCCCGAAGACCUCGAGCUCGAGCAGGUCCCUUCGUUAUGGACGAUGACGACGAUGACGAGUAG